AUGUCCAUUUACUCACUACUCACUCAUUCAAUCACAAGAAGCGAUACAGAUGCUUUUACACAGCCAUCUUCUUCUUCUGGAUCUAGCAACAGCAACAGCGUCGAUACUCAUUUAAAGGCGUUGUUGGUGGAGAUGCACAACAUCCUAAACACACUACCCACAUCUCUCACUAACAUUUAUCAAGAGAUUCAAACUGACAGACAAUCUGAAUUAUUCAAUACAAGGAAUCUCGUCUACUCUUUCGCAGAUGAUCUCAACAGGCGUUUACAUUUAUCUGCCAUUGAACAGAGUAAAUUUAAUGUUCAAAUGUUGGAUGAGAUUAAAGCACUAUCUAAUCGUCAAUUGGAGAUAAAUACGGCAAUGAUGCAAUGGAUACAACAGCAGCAGCAACAACAACAACAACAACAGGAGUAUCACCAGCAUCAACAACAAAAGUGCCUUGAUGCAUCCGACAAAUCCACUCAAACUAACUCUUUUUCUUUGGCAGCAGAAAUGCUAGAAACCAGCUGA